AUGGGCAGUAACACAUGACUGAGUAAGAGAGAUAUGGAUUUGGACCAGUGGAUCUCCAAGGUGAAGGAUGGCCAACACCUUCUUGAAGACGAGCUUCAACUUCUUUGCGAAUAUGUUAAAGAGAUCCUUAUUGAGGAGUCCAAUGUGCAGCCUGUGAAUAGUCCAGUAACUGUUUGUGGUGAUAUUCAUGGUCAAUUUCAUGAUCUAAUGAAACUUUUCUCUACCGGUGGUCAUGUGCCGGAGACAAAUUACAUUUUUAUGGGAGACUUUGUUGAUCGGGGUUACAAUAGUCUUGAAGUAUUCACCAUCCUUUUGCUUCUAAAAGCCAGAUACCCAGCUAAUAUUACCCUUCUACGUGGAAAUCAUGAAAGUAGACAACUAACACAGGUCUAUGGAUUUUACGAUGAAUGCCAGAGAAAGUAUGGAAACGCAAAUGCUUGGCGAUAUUGUACAGAUGUUUUUGACUAUCUUACACUUUCUGCAAUUAUAGAUGGAACUGUGCUUUGCGUUCAUGGUGGCCUUUCUCCGGACAUUCGAACAAUUGAUCAGAUAAGGGUCAUUGAGCGGAACUGUGAAAUUCCUCACGAGGGGCCAUUUUGUGAUCUAAUGUGGAGUGAUCCUGAAGAUAUUGAAACAUGGGCAGUCAGUCCUCGUGGAGCAGGCUGGCUUUUUGGAUCCCGGGUCACUUCCGAGUUCAAUCACAUAAACAAUCUUGAUCUUGUUUGCCGAGCACACCAACUUGUUCAAGAAGGCCUUAAGUAUAUGUUCCAAGAUAAAGGCCUGGUAACUGUAUGGUCUGCACCUAAUUACUGUUACCGUUGUGGAAAUGUAGCUUCUAUUCUUAGUUUCAAUGAAAAUAUGGAGAGAGAAGUUAAAUUUUUCACUGAAACAGAGGAAAACAACCAGAUGAGAGGGCCAAGGACAGGCGUUCCAUAUUUCUUAUAACUUGGCGAAGUUUUGGUUGAAUUUAUUGUAAAAUUAUAUAGUAAAUGGCUGACUAUUAUGAUUGGACGUUGGUAGUCAUGUAUUGUGGAGAUUCAAAUGCAUUGUUUUUUCAAUGAUGGAUCUUAUUUUUG